AUGCAGCGAGAGUUAGCUGAUGAUGCACUAUGGAAAAGAAUGCAACAAAAUUCAUUUACACGUUGGGUUAAUAUACAUUUAAAAUUAGUUAAUCGUCAUAUUGAAGAUCUACAAUCAGAAUUAAGUGAUGGUUUAAAUUUAAUUGCUUUAAUUGAAGUUUUAUCACAAAAAAAAGUUCCACGACAUCAUAAUAAACGACCAAAUCUUCGUUCACAAAAAUUAGAAAAUGUAUCUGUUGUAUUAGACUUUCUUGAAAAUACAGAACGUAUACGUCUUGUUACUAUUGAUGCUACACAUAUUGUUGAUGGUAAAUUGAAAUUAAUUCUUGGUUUAAUAUGGACACUAAUUUUACAUUAUUCAAUAUCAUUACCAAUGUGGAAAUUCGAAGACAAUGGUGGAUCUGGUUCAGGAAAAGAUGCUACAUCAGAACAAAAACUUAUGAGUUGGAUUCAAGAAAAAUUACCAGCAGAAUUACCAAUUACAAAUUUUACAUCUGAUUGGAAUGAUGGUCGUGCUAUUGGUGCACUUGUUGAUGCAUGUGCGCCAGGACUUUAUCCGGAUUGGAAUGAUCGUGAUCCGAAGAAUGCAUUGGAAAAUGCUAAAGAAGCUAUGAAUUUAGCUGAACAUUGGUUAGGUGUACCACAAUUAAUUCAACCACUUGAAAUGAUUAAUCCAAAAGUUGAUGAACAAUCUAUGAUGACAUAUUUAUCAGAAUAUUCAAGUGCGAAAUUGAAAUCAGGCGCACCUAAUAGACCAAAGACAAAUUCAGCACAAGUUCGAUGCUAUGGAAAAGGUAUUGAACCAAAUGGUAAUCAUGUUGACACACCAGCUAAAUUUCAUGUUGAAAUCUUUGCUGCUGGCAAAGGUAAUAUUGAUGUUAUUAUUAUUAAUCCGAAAGGACAACGAGAAAAAUGUGAUGUGGAUUUUCGUAAUGAUAAAAAUCAAACAUAUGAUUGCACAUAUUAUCCAACAAUGGAAGGACAAUAUAAAAUUAUUGUAAAAUUUGCUGGACAAGAAGUACCAAAAUCACCAUUUUCACCUUAUGUCGAAGGAAAAGCAGGUGAUGCAAGUAAAUGUCGAGCACAUGGACCUGGUCUUGAAUCAAACGGUGUUAUGGUUGAUAAACCAAUAUGGUUUGAAAUCGAUGCAGCAGAUGCUGGUAAUGGUCUUGCUGAAGUUGUACUUGUUGAUCCACGUAGUCGACAAGAUGUUGUACCUGUAGCAGUUAAACAAACUAGUCCUGGAAAAUUUCGUUGUGAAUAUGUACCACAUGAAUCUGGUUUUCAUUCAGUAAAUAUAUUCUUUGCUGGUCGACCUAUACCAAAUAGUCCAUAUGGUGUUAAUGUUUCAUCAUCAUCAAUUUCAUCAUACGAUGAUUUAAGAGAUAGAUUAACAACAAGUGAGGAUGAUUAUUAUUCAUCAAUUGAAUUAGAACAAUCAAAGAGUACAACUAGUGUUGAUACAAUAUAUGCUCUAAGAUAUCAAAAUGACUGUGUUCAACCAUGUUUACUUUUUUUUCUUUGUGUUCCAACAUCGUAUGUUUUACUUGUUAUAUAUGCAUUAACAAAUUUAAAUGCUAAUGCAUGGGGUACACGUGAAGAUAUAUUUAUACCAAAUCGUAAGAAAAAACAAAAAUUUAAAAGUCAAGCUGAAUGUUUACAAUUUCUUGAACAACAAUUUUCAAAUGCUAAAAAUUCUAAUGAAUUAUUAGCUGUUGUUGAAAAUUUAAUUGAUGAAUGUCAUUCCCAACGUACAGAAUCAAGUGAUCAAUUAUUAGCACAAAUAACAGCUGUACUUAAUCGUAUAAAUAUGUUUGAUGAUCUUGAUAAACGUUUAAAUAAAGGUUUAGAUUUGCAUGGUCUUGGUUUAGAAGAACUUAUUGAAGAACAAGAAAAAAAAGAUCAAAAUCAAAAUAUAAAUCAUGAACAAAAACAUAAUGAACAAUUAAUUAAUAAAUAUGAUGAUCGAAUAAAUCCAUAUUGGUUUGAUCAUCAAUUAGUUAAAUAUGCUGAUGUUAAAUAUUUAAAUGAAAAUGAAUUUAUUUUUUGGAGACGUUUAAUACAAAAAUAUUUAAAACCUAUACAUAUGGAUGCAUUAGAAAAACAAAAACUUCAAUUAGGUUUAAAUGGUUUACGUGAUCAAGGUGUAUUUGCUUUUUUUAUGCUUGAUGCAUUAUGGAUAGCAUUUGUUUUUUCUGUUUUACUUGCACAAAAUCGCUUAAAAGAUAUGUUAUUUAUACCUGUACCUAUACCAAGUUCAUAUAAUGAUCAUGCUAUGAUUGAACCAUUAGGUGUUAUGUUAAUAUUUUUCUUUGGUAUUAUAUGUUUAAUACAAUUUAUAGCUAUGCUUUGUCAUCGUUAUAAUACAUUUCAACAUAUAUUAGCAUCAACCAAACUUCGUUCGAGUAAAUUUGAAGGUGUUAGAAUUGAAGAUAUUAUGGAUAUUGUUAAAAUGCUUCAACAAAUCAAACCAAUUGAUGAAGAAAAUGAACCAUUACCAGAUUAUAGUGAUGGUGAAAUGGAUAAAAAUGAUAAUCCACAUAAUGGAAUGAAAGGUGGUGAUGAUGAUGAUCGAUCACUAGCUGGAUCAGGUGAUGACGAUGUUUUUCUUCAAGCAGCAGCUAUUGCUGGUGAAGUAAAUAAUGAAUCGGCUGCAGGAAAAUAUCAUGUUGUCGAUGAAAAUGGACCAGUUACUGUAAGAAAUAUUUUUUUUUUAAAUGUUAAAUUUAUCUAA